AUGUCCGCAGUCUCAAUAACUGAGUUAGAUGAGCUUAUCGCUAAGGCUACCAGUGAAUCCAUCCCAAAUGGCGAUAUAGACCUCCCUGUGGCGUUGGAAAUCUCCGACAUUAUUCGUUCACGUCGAAUCAAUCCAAAGGAAUCAAUGAGAUGUUUAAAGAAAAGAAUAGCCGCCACCGCCUCGAACCCUAAUACACAAUUAUCUACAUGGAAGCUAGUAAAUAUUUGUGUAAAGAAUGGUGGUACUCCCUUUAUCGUGGAAAUUUGUUCUAGAGAAUUUAUGGAUACCUUCGAACAGACUAUCCUUAAAAACGAAUCAGAUGAUCUAUUAAUGGAUGAGGUUAAAACCAUAUUUAUGGAAAUGUAUCAAACAUUUAAAAAUGAUUCACAAUUAAAUUAUGUAACUAAAGUUUAUGAAAAACUAACGAGUAGGGGAGUAAUCUUACCAGAGGUGGAUUUAGGAGAAAUGGCUAGGGCCAUGUUUGAUUCAAGGAUCCCUGCAGAUUGGCAAGAAUCGGAUGCAUGUAUGAUUUGUUCUAAGAAAUUUUCCAUGCUGAAUAGAAGACACCAUUGCAGAUCUUGCGGAGGCAUUUUUUGCCAAGAACAUUCAUCUCAUAAUAUUCAACUUCCAGAUUUGGGAAUAUACGAGGCGGUUAGAGUAUGUGAUAAUUGUUUUGAUGAUUACGAAAUCAAGAAGCAUAGUAGUAAAGGAAAGAAGAAGAAAAACCGUCACGAGAAACAUAGAAAAGGGCCAUCUAUUAAAGAUUCAGAGGAUGAGCAGCUGAGAAGAGCUAUUGAAUUAUCUUUGAAAGAAACAGGCAACUCUACAGAACCAACAGUUCCCAUGGUAGAACCAUCAAAACCAAUAACACUAACAAAAGAGGAAGAAGAAGAUCCAGAUUUAAAGGCCGCUAUUGAAGCUAGUCUAAGGGAAGCUGAAGAACAGAAGAAAAGACUUCGCCAACAAAGUAAUAUGCUAUAUGAAACCCCGAAAGUUUUGCCGUUGGAUCUAACUAAUGCAGAAAAGGAGGACAUAUAUUUAUUUGCAUCACUAGUUGAGAGAAUGAAGAAUCAAGCGCCAAACGAAAUCCUGGAAGACAAUCAAUUACAAUCUUUAUAUCGCAAAAUUCUAUCAACUAAACCAAAACUAAAUGAAGCUUUGAAUGAUAGAAUACAAAAGUAUAAUGCAUUAAUAGACAUGAACGCCAAAAUCUCCGAUAUCAUGAACAUUUAUGAUCGCCUGCUCGAACAGCAAUUAAGAAACAUUAACGUAUCUCAGCAAUAUAUAGUUCCUCAGGAACCAUCUGAUCCAUAUGCUGAAUAUGCAAAACCACAGAGUCAGUAUACACAUAACCUCCCCGCAAUUGAUCAACCUAUAGCAUAUCAAAAUCAACAUCAACCACACAUUGAAUAUCAGCAACAGCGUACACAAAAUAAUUAUGUACCACAAGAACGAGAGGCGCACGCAGAAGAAGCCAUCAAGAAUUUACAUAUAGACGAAUUACAAAAUUCCGAUCAACAAUUUAACGUAACUCAAGAGAUCCCCAAUGAACCAGCUAAUGAACUCCAACCUUCGGAACCUCUAUAUCCAGACGAAGGGUUAACUGAAUCUUCUCUGGCACAAGUUGAAGCAGAACCGAACCCGAUCUCCUAUUCAACAGAAACUGGCGUAACAAAGAGUGGUGAAGAGGAACAAGAAGGGGCAAAAAAUGCAUACAUUACUAACUUUGAUUUUCCAACUGUCCCUGCUCGUAAAAUAACCACAUCAGAACAGCUAGGAACGCAAGCAGUAUUCACUCCUGAACAGGAGACUGAAGAAAAGAAAGAAGAGGAGUUAUUGAUUGAACUUUAA